AUGUUCGACAAAUUAAAUGACGCUGUAGCUAGUAGCUUCAUUGGUAGAUACUUUAAACUUGGAAACAGUGGUGUUCCUAAUGCUCGCAAUACUCAAUUCACCACUGAGCUUCGUGCUGGAUUGACAACCUUUGUUACUAUGGCCUAUAUUAUAUCUGUUAAUGCAAUAAUCCUUGCUGAUUCAGGUGGUCCAUGUGUUUGCAACUCCAGUGCUGCAGAUUUAUGUGUUAAUGAUCCUGAUUAUUUAGCUUGUCAAACAAUAUUACAAAGAGAUUUAAUUACUGCUACAACUGCCAUUUCGAUGGGCAUGAAUGCCUACUUUGCUUAUACUGUGGUUGGCUUUCAUGGUUCAGGUAAAAUUCCAUAUGAAACUGCUAUUGCCGCUGUAUUCGUAGAAGGCAUUCUCUUUGUCUUUUUUUCUGUAUUUGGUCUUCGCCAAUUACUUGCAAAACUUCUUCCCAUGUCUAUAAAAAUUGCAACUGGUGCUGGUGUUGGUUUCUUUCUCACCUUUAUUGGAUUACAAAGGAGUGCUGGUAUUGCCUUAAUAAGUCAUGAUCCUUCCACAAUAGUGACUCUUGGUGGUUGUCCAGAUCAAUAUUAUAAUAAAACUACUGGUAUUUGUACUAGUCACCAUAUGGAAAGUCCGACUACUUGGUUAGGAAUUUUAGACAAUAUUCUUCAUAGGGAUGAGGGUAAUGCUCGAUUUGAUUUCUUUAAAAAUGUAGUUGGUUUUCAUGCCAUUGAAAAGACACUAGGUGUGAUGCAUUUCAACCUUGGAAGCUCAGAAGUUUGGCUAGCCCUAAUAACAUUCCUAUAUGUUGAUAUACUGGACACCACUGGGACUCUCUAUUCAAUGGCAAAAUUCGGUGGUUUUUUAGAUGAAACUGGUGAUUUUGAGGGUUCUACUGCUGCAUUUAUAUGUGAUGCUUCUUCAAUUUCUAUCGGUGCUAUUUUUGGCACAUCUCCUGUCACUACAUAUAUUGAAUCUGGUUCUGGAAUUACUGAAGGUGGUCGAACUGGAAUUACUUCUCUUACUGUAUCAUUCUUCUUUUUUAUUUCUUUAUUCUUUGCUCCUAUUUUUGCUAGCAUACCUCCGUGGGCUUCUGGCCCUGCUUUAGUAGUUAUUGGUUCUAUGAUGGCAACAAGUAUUAAAGAUGUUAAUUGGAAAUAUAUUGGUGAUGCUAUACCUAGUUUCUUAACUAUUGUGAUUAUGCCAUUGACAUAUAAUGUCGCUUAUGGUUUAAUCGCUGGUAUCGUUUCUUAUAUGAUUAUUAAUACUAUUGCAUGGUUAAUAGAAAAAAUUUCAUUUGGUCAUAUGACUCAUGAUAAAUCAGAUAAAGAACCUUGGGGUGAUUUUAUGAUUGGAUCAGGUGGAGAAGGAUUAUUCCCUAUUUGGAUUGUAUCCAUUAUAUAUAAGAUUCGUGGGUUAGAAAAAACUACGGAAAUAAAGGAAUCUAUCGAAAUAAAUGAAACAAAAGAAAUGAGUAAUUUGAAUCGUGAUGUUGCUGUUGAUGUUGAUGGAAAAAACGAUUAA